AUGAAAAACCUUUUGGAUAGUAAAUACACUCCAUUGAAAUCAAGUUUUAAAAUACGCAGAGCCAGAUUUUUUAAGCUAUUAUUUCUAGUUUUACUUACCACAUUAUUUUUAACCAUAUUUAUCACUUCACUCCCAAGGACAUAUCGAAUUUCCAAUGAUUUAACUCAACACAAUAUAAAUGAUCCAGAUUUAGCAUUGUAUUACAAAUUUCAAUAUAAUACGGACUACAUAUUCCCAGAUACUUUCACUAUACAUCAUAAUAUUUUACAAGACAAAAAAUUUGAAUCAUUAGACCAGGUCAAAUAUUAUGACAGUGACCCAAGAUUAUAUUGGACUGUUUACUUAGAUAAUAUCCUGCAAUAUGACGAUUUAACUCAAGUACCGGAAUUACCUUUUUCUUGGUAUGAUUUUGCUGAUUUCCAUGAUUUAAAUAAAUUAAUUGGCUUAUCUGAAACUCAAAUAAACUGCGAAUUCUUUUUUAAUCCUGUUUUUCCCCUAGAUUCUUUGACAUUAGUAGAAGAGGAAUUAUCCAAGAAAAAGGAUGAUUCGUUGCUUUCUCCUGGAUUACGGAAAAAAUAUGAAGAACAAUUCUUUUACAAUAAAGCCAUGAAAUCGAAAAGUGCACACGUUUUCCAAGUUAUCGAAAAACAUUGUAGAUAUUUUAAUGAAAACUACAAUAAUAAAAGACCACCAUUUACAGCUCAGGUCGAAACUUUGGACCUGUACGAUAAAUUAAGACCCGAAGUUUAUAAACUACAGGCCAGAAGCUAUAUUUUAAACAAAGUCAAACCCCCGCUUUCUCUGACUUUUGUUCACAAAACCCACAAUUCAUAUCAAGUUUUCCUUGAUCAGGACACAACUGUUGAUAAGUAUGGACACCGUCCCAACAUAAUACAGUCUGGAUUAUUAAAUAGUACGCUAGAGAGAAAUAAAGGUUCCGGUUUAGAUUUCAAUAAGUCACCAGCUGACCUUUUUGAUAAAUUUGUUGAAAAAUUUGAGCCCUUGAAAAUUACAGAAAUUUCUCAGGAUUUUAAACAUUCAUUGGAAAAUGACAUUUUAAUCAAUUUAUUACCAGAAGAUUUUGAAUUUAAUGGCCCAAAAAAAUUAGAAGAGUUGUUGGAAGCACACGAGAAAAAUUUGCUAAAUAAACAUCAAAUAUCCUAUAUGGAAAGUUUAAAUAUUUCACUAAAUACACAUUACACAAUGAUUCCCAAAUAUUUCCAAGAAUGUGGUAAUAUUUUACAAUUUGAUGGUGUUGGACGUCAUUUUGAUAAAGUAUUUUUUAAUGGUGAGGAUUGCAAAGCUGAUAAACAUAUAGUUCAAAUCAAAUUGAAUAAUAUGAUAAAGACUUGGUUAGCAUUUACUAAAGCCAAUGGAUUAGUCAGUUGGUUGGCACAUGGAACUUUGUAUGGCUACAUAUAUAAUGGUAAGAAUUUCCAUUGGGACCAGGACAUGGAUUUACAAAUGCCUAUAACACAUUUACAUUUACUGGCUGAAUACUUCAACCAAAGCUUAAUUAUGCAGGAUCCUCAUGAGGGUAGCGGUCGAUAUUUACUUGAUAUAAACACUUUUUUAACUCAUAGAAACCAUGGCAAUGGAAAGAAUAAUAUUGACGCCAGGUUUAUAGACAUUGACAGUGGUUUGUAUAUCGAUAUCACUGGACUAAGUGUUUCGUCAGACCCAGUUACUAAUAGCUACAAGGAUUAUUUUAAUACAGAGGUAAUCAAGCAUGACGUUCAUAAUUUAGAAUACAAAGAUCCAAACCUGCUGCAAAAUGUAACCGAUUUCAGUGGCGAUGAGUACUUAACCUUUCUUAAAAGCCUUCCUGAAGAAUAUUUUGCAGACAAAGAUGCAAAUUUUUUACAAAAUUUGGGGAGGACUGUAAAGGAUGAAAAUUCGAGAAAUAGAAAGAGGGCCUCGCCUGCAUCUGAAUUGACUUGGAGAGAAAACUAUAACAUUAACAAAAUUUUACAAUUGUACAACUGUAGAAACGGUCAUUUCCAUAAUUUUCAUGAGAUUUCGCCACUAGUUAACACUUUUUUCCACAAUUCACCAGCAUUGAUUCCAAGACUUUCUAUAAAGUUGCUAAGAGACGAAUAUAAAGUACCAAAUUCAUAUAGGCUAACCCUUUAUAAACAAUAUACGUUCUUACCUGAAUGGGAUGAGUGGGUGCCUACAGAAUCGUUGAAAAUGGCAAGGAAUUUAGACUCGCUAUUUUUUGUUAGAGCAUAUGACAUUUUGAAUCCGUUGAACAGAUUGGAAUUUAGAGAUGUUUUGAAAAUGUUACACAAUCUAUGUGUUUAUCACCAAUAUGACUUUGUUAGUGAGCUAUUGAAUAUUUUCCCGCAAUCAAAGUACCAUUUAAAAGAAUUGGAAAUCAGAUCCAUAAAGGAUAAUGAUAAUGAAAACCGAUUAAAUCUAUUUACUGGGCUGCACAAAUACAUUGGAAAAAAUAAGAUUUUAAAAAAAAAUAUGUUUAAAGACCCCUUUUUGUAUACACAUGAAUCAAGACUAUUAACACCAUAUUUGGAUGAACAAGAUAAAGAACAAGUUUGCUUUGCCGCUACAGAGGUUUUAGUUAAUCUUUAUGAACAAUAUCAAGAGGGUCAGCUAGAUCUUUAUAAGUUUACGGAAAAUGUUGAGGAUGAUAAUAAUAAUAAUAAUAAUAAUAAUAAUAAUAAUAAUAAUAAUAAUAAUAAUAAUAAUAAUAAUAAUAAUAAUAAUAAUAAUAAUAAUAAUAACGAAAAUGAAAGCGAGGAUAACCGUAUUUCCAUGGAUUUUAACAAUAUCGGAAAUAAAAUAUUUGUCAUUGGUGAUAGCACAGUAACAAAUACCGUGUUUGAAAUGGAUUCAACUUUUGAUUAA